GCGAUCGUAACUUCCAGUGUUGAGAACGUAUCGAGCAGAGUUGAAAAUGUCAAGCCAAACGAUUAAAAAGAUGAGCAUGGUGGCUAUUUUGUUGAUGAUAUUUGGAACCGUGUGUCGCAGUUAUGCGAUCGACUGGGACACGAACACAUGGGACGAGGACAGCAGCACAGAGAUGACGGAGGAACAGGAACACUCGCAGGAGUCGCUUAGAAGCGUUUACAAUCAUCAGUGUAAUUGCGAUGAAGACGACGAUGAUGAUGAUGAUGAUGAUGAUGAUGAUGAUGACGAUCGGAAGGCUCACUUAGAAGAGCAUGGCGAUUUGGGUGGGCAUUAUCAUCACGUUGCACAUCAUGAGACUCGACACAAGCGUGAGAUGCCUGCGAUAGAACAACCUGCUGUGGAACAGAUCGUCGACGAAGAGUCCCUGGAUCUGGAAGCAGCUGAGACGCAUCUCUUCCGGCCAGUGUUCCGGUACAAGUCGCAGUACACAGAACGGCGCCGGGUGCGAACACCCAAUGCAGGUGAUAAUUUCGCACCUCCGCAAUCAUAAGGCCCGUGUUGUUUCGUACCAUUGCGUCGAAGGGUUGCUGUUUACUGCGCUCACGGUUACGCGUGUUUUGUGUAACACUUUACUUUUAGUGCACACCUGUAAAUUACUCAUCCCUCCAUCUAUCCGCGAUAGUCAAUCCAAAUCC